ACUCUUUCUCCGGCUAGAUAAAAAACGCACAAAAACCCCACACGACGAAGACUGCAGCGUGUCGUGUUUGAGUCAGCUGGCCGGGUCGCUGCUGCUUCAGCUACCGCUGCUGCUGGGAGACUUCCUGGGCUUCUCGAGCGGCUCUGAAGGAUGACUGCUGCACGGCUCGCUGCUGAAUCCCGGUGAACGAACGGUGUCUCAUGUCCAAACAGUGGAAGCAUGGCUCAUGGCAAAGUUACCAUCACAGUGGACGAGUACAGCUCCAACCCAACACAGGCCUUCACACACUACAACAUCAACCAGAGCCGCUUCCAACCUCCACAUGUUCACAUGGUGGACCCCAUUCCUUAUGACACUCCCAAGCCGGCAGGACACACCAGGUUCGUGUGUGUUUCGGACACACACUCGCGUACAGACGGCAUCCAGAUGCCCUAUGGCGACGUGCUGCUGCACAUGGGCGACUUCACCGAGCUGGGUCUGCCUUCCGAGGUUAAGAAGUUCAACGACUGGCUAGGCGGCCUCCCAUAUGAGUUUAAAGUGGUGAUUGCCGGAAACCACGAACUGACCUUUGAUAAGGACUUUAUGGCUGAGCUGGUCAAGCAGGAUUACUACCGAUUUCCCUCAGUCUCCAAACUCAAACCCGAGGACUUUGACAAUGUCCAGUCACUCCUCACAAACUGUGUGUACCUGCAGGACUCAGAUGUCACCAUAAAGGGAUUCCGGAUAUACGGGACGCCAUGGACUCCGUGGUUUAACGGCUGGGGGUUCAACCUGCCUCGGGGUCAGUCUCUGCUAGAUAAAUGGAACCUGGUCCCUGAAGGCAUUGACAUCCUGAUGACCCACGGACCUCCACUCGGAUUCAGAGACUGGGUUCCCAAGGAGCUGCAGCGGGUCGGCUGUGUGGAGCUGCUCAACACAGUCCAGAAGAGGGUGCGUCCCAAACUUCAUGCCUUUGGAGGCAUACAUGAAGGCUACGGGAUCAUGACAGAAAAAACGACGUUCAUCAACGCAUCAACUUGCACUGUCAGCUUCCAGCCCACCAACCCCCCUAUCGUGUUCGACCUGCCCAACCCCUCCAGCUCCUGAGACCAGAGGCUGGGGGUGAGGAGGGUCCAGGGCAGGAUAAACUACUUUUUUUCUAUAAAUACAUCAAGUUAAAAAAAAAAAA